AAAAAAUCAGAUUCACGAUGGUUCUUUUCUUUGAUAAAGUUCCUAUUAAAGAGUAUUUCACGAAACUUUUCAAUUUUUAUGUCGAUUUUCAAGCUGAGAAUCCAAAAUAUCGAUGUGUUUUUGGAAAGUGCCAUGUUGUGAAUGCUUCCAAAGUGCUUCUUCUCCUGGAAAUAUUUCUUGUAAUCCCCAUCUACAUGCUUUUCCUGUUCCCAUGGUGGCUCAUGUGGAUUGGUUUCCAUCUCGUUCUCAUUUUAGUCACAAUAUAUGCUCUCCGUAAAAAGAAGCAUCGAUUCAUGUGGCCAAUGGUGUUGUUUACGCUCUCUCAAUUUCUUAUCUGGGGAUUAUUAACCGUUAUUCAACUCUUGAUCGCCUUUUUCGACACCCAAUCAUUCCUGAACUUCUACUCUCAAGGACAUCAUGAAGAGUUCUUCGAAAAAGCAUUGGUGGUGAUAGUUGUGAAAUUGUUAGUCUUCGCGAUCGGAGCUUUUCUGUUUUGGCGAUUUUCAGUCUACUACGCAACCAAAAACUAUUACUCUGAUCGAUUGGAGGGACAGGUAUCCGCAACCGAGGAGAGCAAGGGUCUUGAAGGAGUCGCUCAGAAGCUUUUGCAGCCAGUUUAGAUAACAUCUUUUUAAAAGUUUUUCUAGAUUCAAAGAAGAAUAAACGUUUUACUAGC